CAGUUCGCCGAGGGUUUGCCAUUUUCAUAUUUAGCCGGCUAGCCGUACAGGAUCAUGGCUAGCAUGCUGUAGAAGAUAGAAGCUCAUUAUGGGUGUCGGUUCUAUGCACAUGAAUGCAAGACACAAUGAAGCUAGUGAUGACACUUUGUCUCUCCGCACCUCGGGAAGAGAGCGCAUGCGCGCUAAACGUGCACGUCGGGGCGUGGUGAACUGCGGAUCCCGGUCAUCAUGGAAGGUGAAAGCCCUAGCAGCAAAAAGCUCAAGACUGAGCGACCUCAGUUUCGUCCUGAAGACCAUGGACUAGAGAAAGAUUUCCGACUAACCAGUUUCACCAAGUUGAAGGGAUGAUGCUGCAAGGUCCCCCAGGAGGAGCUGCAGAAACUCCUGGCGGGACUCUCGGGGCCAGAGGAGGGGCUGGGGGCAGGGCUGGACAGCUGUGUUCUACCAACAAGAUAUGAGGGGAUCUCCAUUGUACAAACCACAGACUUUUUCUACCCAUUAGUUGAAGAUCCAUACAUGCAGGGCAAGAUAGCAUGUGCCAAUGUGCUGAGUGACCUGUAUGCGAUGGGGGUGUCAGAGUGUGACAACAUGUUGAUGCUGCUGGGGAUCAGUGAGAACUUCACCUACACACAGCGGCAGGUGGUCACUCCCAUGAUGAUUCAGGGAUUCACUGAUCUGUGUGCUGAGGCUGGUACCAGUGUGAACGGAGGUCAGACUGUGAUCAAUCCUUGGGUCAUUAUUGGAGGGGUUGCCUCAGCUGUGUGCAACAAGUCUGAAUUUAUAAUGCCGGAUGGAGCGGUAGCUGGAGAUGUGCUGGUGCUGACCAAACCUCUGGGAACCCAAGUUGCAGUCAAUGCUCACCAAUGGAUUGAACAGCCAAAGUGGUGGGACAAAGUGAAAGAUGUUAUCACUACUGAGCAAGUUGAAGAGGCAUACAUGGCUGCAACGUACUCCAUGGCAAGACUCAACAGAACAGGAGCUAGACUUAUGCACUCUUACGGGGCACAUGGUGCUACAGAUGUCACUGGAUUUGGACUUUUGGGGCAUGCAAGGAACCUUGCUUCUGCCCAGAAAGCUCCAGUAUCAUUUAAAAUCCACACCCUCCCUGGUAAUGUUAUUACUAGCACAUGUCCAUGUGUAAAUACACAAAUGUGGUUCUGCUUCAGUGCUGGACCAUAUGAAUCGUGUUGCCUCCAUCAUUGCCAGCAGAGGACUCGAUUUCAAGCUAAAGGAAGGUCUGUCCGCUGAAACAUCAGGUGGCCUGCUGAUCUGCCUGCCAAAAGAGAAUUCUGCUGCAUUUUGUGAAGAACUCCAGAAACUUGAUGGAGCUCCAUCAUGGAUCAUUGGAGAUGUGGUAGCAGGUAACAGAACAGCUGAAAUACUGUCAGAUGCAAAAAUCAUUGAUGUGGACAAUAGUCAAUAGUUCCUUCACCACCUAUGCACUAUUAUAGUUUAGAUAACAUGGAAUGAUGCUAGCUAGAGAAACAGAACAUCUGUUCUAGCUGGUAGAUGAUAGACUAUAAUGUCUCUCAUGUUACACGACUACUGGUUUCCAAUAUGGUAGAUAUUUGCGGUCCUUUCACGGAAAAAGUGUUUUCUGAAAUCGGCCACAAUUAU